AUGUACACUGAUCAUCAGGGCACUGAUGAUCAUGGCCCCAGAAGUGCCACCUGUCAGUGUCCAUCAGUGCCAGCAGUCAGUGCUCAUCAGUGCCACAUAUCAGUGCAUACCAGUGCACAUCAAUGCCACAUAGUGCCGCCUAAAAGUGCCAAUCAGUGCCGCCUAUCAGUGUCAUGUAUCAGUGCUGCCUUUCAGUGCCCAUCAGUGAUGCCUGCCAAUGCCCAUCAGUGCAAUCUACCAGUGCCUCCUCAUCAGUGCCACCUAUCAGUGGCCAUCUGUGCAGCCUAUCAGUGCCCAUCACUGCAGCCUCAUUAGCGCACAUCAGUGAAGGAGAAAAAUCACUUAUUUACAAAAUUGUAUAA